UCAACAUCAUCAAGACCAUCCGUCAAAAUUGUCCGUAUUGAAAGAUUAGCGAUGAAGAAGGACGAAAUGUGUUUCAGAGGGAAGAACAUGAACAGCCAUUGAAGGGACGAUGAAAUUCGUAACGCCAAACAUAAAUCUUCGACCUUCCGGAUCGGAAAGCGGCGACGACGACCUCAGCAACGCGAACACAGAAGACGACCUCAUAAACGCAUCGUCGCAAACCUCAAUUACGACCAUAAAAUGUUGUCAAAUCGACACUGAACAGAUACCGAAAACAUGCAGCUGGUUCGCGUGCAGCGUGGCCAUUGUCCUCUUGAUGUUGGGCACGGCCUCCGUGGUGUACCCCUUGACCACGCUGAUGAUGGACUUGAGACUGGACAUGACUCCGGGACUGCCGCCCUUCGAAUGGUGGAAGAAUCCCCCGGACGAAGUCCUGUUCCGCGUGUACAUCUUCAACAUCUCCAACUCGCGCCAGUUCAUCAACGGAGAAGAAGAGAAACUCAACUUUCACGAGAUCGGACCCAUCGUAUUCAUGGAGAAACUGGUCCAUUCGAAUGUGACUUUCAACCAGAACGACACUUUGACGUACACCGCAUCGAGAAAGGCGGUCUAUUUGCCGGACUUGAACACAAUCGACUUGAACGCGACAUUGGUGGUUCCAAAUUUAGCGGUUCUGGGAAUAGCCUCGUACUUGUCGGACGCCCCAUUUUUCGCCAAAUUCGGUCUGAAUUUGCUGAUCAGAAGACUGGACUCGCAGCCACUCAAAAACAUCACGAUCUACGACUUUUUGUUCAACAAUACGGAUCCGCUUCUGGAUCUGUCCGAAAAAGUGGUGCCUUCCAUGGUUCCUACAAACAAUUUGGGUAUUUUGCACGAGAUCUACAGAAAGUUCACGAAUGUGGUGACCGUUUACAUUGGAAGAAAGAACGGCCACGAAAAGUUUUUCCUCAUAGAUCGAUACGAUGGGUCUGACGUGUUGCCUGGGUACAACAAGAGAUGCACGAAAACAAUCAAGAACACCACCGAAGGUGUCUCUUAUCCUCAGUACAUCACCAAACGAUCCGUCUUGAAGUAUUGGCGCAGAACUUUGUGCAAAGACGUGGAUUUGCAUUACGAAAGCAGCGAAACAUGGAACGGCAUAAACUCGUACAAAUUCGCGUUGCCGCCUUCAACCUACUUCAGAACGAAACCUUUGGUCGAGGACUGCUUUCAAGGAUCUCCCACGUUACCGAACGGUGUUGUGGAUGUUUCCCCUUGUUAUUACGAUUUACCUGUGGCGGCAAGUUUUCCGCACUUCCUCCACGCAGAUCCCGAGUUGUUGACGCAAAUCGACGGUUUGACCCCCAACGCCUCGCUGCACGAGUCCUUCGUCUUAAUAGAACCUAUAACGGGAAUUCCCUUACAUUCGAAAGCCAGAUCCCAAAGCAGUUUGGUUGUUAAAAGCAUGAGCGGCUUCACAAGCAGAUUGCAACCGUUCGGUGACAAGAUCCUUCCUCUCUUCUACAUCGAAUACAAUCAAGUGGGUUUGCCCUGGUACAUCUACGUCCUGCUUUAUUCCACCGUGAACGUAUUACCAAUCUUCGAAAAAGUUUUCAGCGGUAUUUGCAUCCUCCUGGGCGUUCUAAUCUUGGCCAUUUUCAUCAGGAAAAAACGAAAACUGGCCAAGCAUCUGUUGGAAAACAAGAAGCUGCAAUUCGAGCGCGAAACGUUCCUCAAAGUUUAAGUGAUACUACUAUUACUACUACUACUACUACUACUACUACUACUACUGGAGUCAAUUAUUAGACUGACUGAAUAUUAUUGUUAUAAUUAUUGCAAACGUGGCGUGUACUCACGUCAUUUAGAGCGGGUCUAGCACUGUGUUUUUUAAUACUGUGAAAACAAUUAGCUUUUAAUAAAAAUGUAUUUUAUUGUUAUAUCUAA